GAAUUUCCCGAGGGAAUGAAGGGCCCAGGUGAGAGUCCAAGGAGUGGACUAGGAGUGAGAGGCAGGAGACCUUCCUUCUGCCUUCAUUUCCUUCUGUAUUUAUGUUUCCGUGGAAUAGAAGACACUUUUUCUAGCAGCCACCACCACCGCCCCAGGCCGAGUCGGGAUCUGGACGCCACCGGAUGGAGAGCUAGCGCGCGGAGCCAAGGCGGCUGGCAGCCUCAGGUCUGCAGGACGCAAGUUGCCAAGGACGCAGUCGGCUCCACUAGGGGGCGCGCCUUCACGCACCCCAGCGACCUUCUUGCGUCCCGCGUCCUGCUGCGCUGGAGGCUGCCAGCUCUCACGCGCUGCCCGGAGCCUCUGGCAGCCACGGCGGGCGCUCCCAGCCGCCAGGAUGGGAGGCGAAGGGGCCACGUUCCCGCACCUCAAGACCUGUCCCGGUCACUCGGAACUCGGUACCUCUCCCGGCCUCCUUCAGACCUGCGAGGCUGCAGCCUUGCUCACCAGACCCACUUGGUCGGUGAGGUCGGGGCGACAGGUGGGCAGUUCGAGUUCGCCAGGGCAGGAGGUGGCGGCUCGGGUGCCCCAUCUCCGCGAACGCCAUCCGCCCUGCCCGCCCCGGUCAGCGCCGCGCAGCCCCCAGCUCCUCACGGGUUAAUCCCCCUCGCCGCCCGCUCGCUUUCCCGUGCCAAAGUGGGUGUUGCUGGAAUUUCUCUCUCCCUCUCCCGUAAUGAGGGGGCCGAGCUGUCCCUCCGAGGAGGGGGCAUGGUGUGGAUAAAAGAGACGAAAAACGGGGAGGUUUCCAAAAAUAAAACGUUCCGUUCCCCCCGCGGACGGCUGGUGCGUGGACUGGGCGCCAAGGUGCGGCGGCCGUGCGCCCGGGUGGAGCCCAGCGCGGACUCGAGGCUCAGGGCGCGCAGACCCCGCUCCGGGAGACCCGGGCGCCUGGGCCCCGGCCGGCCGCUCCAGGGCCCCCUAGACCAGAGGAAGCCGGCCGCCGCCGGUCCCGGAGCAAACGGCCAGGCGCACCCGCGACAAACCCCCACGCGGUCCCAGCGGCCACCGCUCUCCAGCUGCCGCGGAGCCAUGAGGCCGCCGCCCGCCGCCCGCUGCCCGGGGCGCGCCCCGUGGGCCCCCUGGAGGGCCUUCCUGCCGGUCGUUCUGGCUCUCCUGGCGGACAUAGGUCAUGCCCAGAGGAACUCGGCGGGGAGAUACGAGCCAGUUAGGGACGCCAGUCCACUGUGGCGCCCCGCGGGCAACCACCCCGCAGCGGUCGCAGCCAAGGUGUACAGUCUGUUCCGGGAGCAGGACCCGCCCGUCUCGGGCUCGCUGCCCGCGGAGCAGACCCGGCCGGCCUGGGGGAGCCCCAGGAGGCCCGCCGAGGCGGAGGCUAGGAGGUCGUCCCGCGCGCAGCAGCUGCGUCGAGCCCUGCCACCUGUGCAGACCCGGAGGAGCAGCCCUGCAGGCCCGCAGCAGCCCGCACCCCGGGCCCGGGUCGCACCGGCGCUCCCGAGCCUCGGGACCUCGCAGCGGCCGGGGGUUCCACCGCGAGGGCGGCUCACGGGGAGAAACGUCUGCGGGGGACAGUGCUGCCCGGGAUGGACGACCGCAAACAGCACCAACCAUUGCAUCAAACCUGUGUGCCAGCCACCCUGCCAGAACCGAGGCUCCUGCAGCCGGCCCCAGCUCUGCGUCUGUCGCUCUGGCUUCCGAGGGGCUCGCUGUGAGGAGGUCAUUCCCGAGGAGGAAUUUGACCCUCAGAACUCCAGGCUAGCCCCCCGACGUUCAGCUGAGAGGACACCCAACCUCCGCAGAAGCAGCACAGCCAGAGAAGGCCCUGAGGCCAGAACACAGGCCCUGGCACCACAGCUGUCACCAACUAGGACCCUGAGCGCGCUCAGCCAGACCCGCCCUUCCCAGCAGCAUGUGGGGCUGUCCCGGACUGUCCGGCGUUACCCAGCCACUGGCACCAGUGGUCAGCUGACUUCCAAUGCUCUGCCUGCAGGACUUGAGCAGAGGGAUGGUGCCCAGCAGGCAGCACAUCUGGACUACCUCUCAUCCCCCUGGGGGCUGAACCUCACUGAGAAAAUCAAGAAGAUCAAGAUUGUCUUCACUCCCACCAUCUGCAAGCAGACCUGUGCCCAUGGACGCUGCGCCAACAGCUGUGAGCGGGGUGACACCACCACCCUGUACAGCCAGAGUGGCCAUGGACAUGACCCCAAGUCUGGCUUCCGCAUCUAUUUCUGCCAGAUCCCUUGCCUGAAUGGAGGCCGCUGCAUUGGCCGGGAUGAGUGCUGGUGCCCCAGCAACUCCACUGGGAAGUUCUGCCACCUGCCUGCUCCGCAGCCGGACAGGGAGGCUCCCAAGAGAGGCUCCCGCCACAGAGGCCCGCUGGAAGGCCCCGUGCAGCAGUCCACCUUCAUGCUGCCACUCUCCAACCAGCUCGCUUCCGUGAACCCCUCCUUGGUGAAAGUGCACAUCCACCAUCCACCAGAAGCCUCUGUGCAGAUCCACCAGGUGGCACGGGUGCGGGGCGAGGCUGACGGGGCCCUGGAGGAGAACAGCGUGGAGACCAGAGUUCCACCCCGGCUCCCUGCCAGUCCCCAGCACAGACACUGGGACAGCAACAGCAUCCCUGCUCGAUCUGGAGAGCCCCCUCAGUCACCGCCUCAAGUGGUGUCCAGGCGUCAGGGGCCGCUGGGCCGGUGUUACCUGGGCGCUGUGAAUGGACAGUGUGCCAACCCCCUGAUGGAGCUGAUUUCCUGGGAAGACUGUUGCAACAGUGGUGUGGGAGCCUUCUGGGGAUUGACCUCAUGUACCCCAUGUCCGUGGAGAGCAACUUCCCUGAUGACUAAAGAUGGCCAGCUGGACUGUCCCCUGGGAUACUACAGACUGAAUGUCACUCACUGCCAAGAUAUCAACGAGUGCGUGAUCUCGCGCUUGUGCAAGGACUUGGAGUGUGUGAACACCAGAGGCAGCUACCUGUGCACGUGCAGACCGGGCCUGAUGCUGGAUCCCUCUCGGAGCCGCUGUGUAUCGGACAAGGCUGUCUCCAUGCAGCAGGGACUGUGCUACCGGUCACUGGGGUCUGGCACCUGUACCCUGCCUUUGGCCCAGAAGAUCACCAAGCAGAUAUGCUGCUGCAGCCGUGUAGGCAAGGCAUGGGGCAGCAAGUGUGAGAAAUGCCCCUUGCCUGGCACAGAGGCCUUCGGGGAGAUCUGUCCUGCUGGCCAUGGCUACACCUACUCCAGCUCAGACAUCCGUCUGUCCAUGAGGAAAGCUGAGGAGGAGGAACUGGCCAGGCCCUCGAGGGAGCAGGCACAGAAAAGCAGUGGGGCUCUGCCUGUGCUGGAAGAGAGGCAGCCACUGCAGGCGGUCACCAACACCUGGCUGGAGGCUGAGACCAUCCCUGACAAGGGUGACUCUCAGGCUGGCCAGGUCACCACCAAUGUCACCCACCCGUUUGCCUGGGUCCCAGUGGAUGCCAUUGGAAGAUCAACACCACCGCUGCCUGAACAGAGGGUUCCGGACACCCAGGAAGAGGAGCACAUGGCCCCUUCUGCUGAUGUGCUGGUGACCUCAGCUCCCCCAGGCACUGACAGAUGUGCUUCUGGAGCCACCAACAUCUGUGGCCCUGGAACUUGUGUGAACCUCCCGGAUGGAUACAGAUGCGUCUGCAACUCUGGCUACCGGCUGCACCCCAGCCAGGCCUACUGCACGGAUGACAACGAGUGUCUAAAGGACCCCUGUGCAGGAAGAGGGCACUGUGUUAACAGCGUGGGCUCCUACUCCUGCCUCUGCUACCCUGGCUACACACUGGCUACCUCAGCGGCCACACAGGAGUGCCAAGAUAUCGACGAAUGUCGUCAGCCUGGCACCUGUCCUGAUGGGAGAUGCGUCAACUCCCCGGGCUCCUACACUUGCCUGGCCUGUGAGGAAGGCUACAGGGGCCAGAGUGGAAGCUGUGUAGAUGUGAACGAGUGCCUGACCCCUGGGGUCUGUGCCCACGGACGGUGCAUCAACCUAGAAGGCUCCUUUAGAUGCUCUUGUGAGCAGGGCUACGAAGUCACCUCAGACAAGAAGGGCUGUCAAGAUGUGAACGAAUGUGCCAGCCGGGCCUCCUGCCCCAAAGGCCUCUGCCUCAACACCGAGGGCUCCUUUACCUGCACUGCCUGCGAGAGCGGGUACUGGGUGAAUGAAGAUGGCACUGCCUGUGAAGACCUAGAUGAGUGUACCUUCCCUGGAGUCUGCCCGGCAGGCGUCUGCACCAACACUGUGGGCUCCUUCUCCUGCAAAGACUGCGAGGAGGGGUACCGGCCUAGUCCCCUGGGCCGCACUUGUGAGGAUGUGGAUGAAUGUGAAGACCCCCACAGCAGCUGCCUGGGAGGCGAGUGCAAGAACACGGCAGGCUCCUACCAGUGCCUCUGUCCUCCGGGCUUCCAGCUGGCCAAUGGCACUGUGUGCGAGGAUGUGGACGAGUGCACGGGGAAGGAGCACUGUGCACCCCAUGGCGAGUGCCUCAACAGCCACGGGUCCUUCUUCUGUCUCUGUGCACCUGGCUUUGCCAGUGAAGAGGGGGGCACGAGCUGUCAGGAUGUGGAUGAGUGCGCAGCCGCAGACCCCUGUCUGGGCGGGCACUGUGUCAACACCGAGGGCUCCUUCAACUGCCUGUGUGAGGCUGGCUUCCGGCCCUCCCCAGAGAGCGGGCAGUGUGUGGAUGUGGAUGAGUGUGAGGACUACGCGGAGCCAGUGUGUGGGGCCUGGAAGUGUGAGAACAGCCCUGGCUCCUACCGCUGUGUCCCGGGCUGCCAGCCUGGCUUCUAUAUGGCCCCCACUGGAGACUGCAUUGACAUAGACGAAUGUGCCAAUGACACCGUGUGUGGCAGCCAUGGCUUCUGUGACAACACGGAUGGCUCCUUCCGCUGUCUCUGUGACCAAGGCUUCGAGACCUCACCCUCAGGCUGGGACUGUAUUGAUGUGAACGAGUGUGAGCUCAUGCUCGCCGUGUGUGGGGCUGCACUCUGUGAGAAUGUCGAGGGCUCCUUCCUGUGCCUCUGUGCCAGCGACAUGGAGGAGUACGACGCGCAAGAAGGGCUCUGCCGCCCUCGGGUGGCUGGAGCUCAGAGCAUCUCUGAGGCCCCAACAGGGGACCAUGCCUCAGGCCCCAUCCGCAUGGCCUGCUACUCUGGGCAGGAUGGCCAUCUGCCCUGCUCCAGCAUCCUGGGCCACAACUCCACGCAGGCUGAGUGCUGCUGCACCCAAGGUGCCCGAUGGGGAGACGCCUGUGACCUCUGCCCAUCUGAGGACUCUGUUGAAUUCAGCGAGCUCUGCCCCAGUGGGAAAGGCUACGUCCCUGUGGAAGGAGACUGGACUUUUGCACAGACCAUGUACACAGAUGCUGAUGAGUGUAUGCUGUUUGGGUCAGCACUCUGUCAGAAUGGCAGAUGCCUCAACACGGUACCCGGCUACAUCUGCCUGUGCAAUCCUGGCUACCACUACUCUGUCUCCCGUGGGCAGUGUGAGGAUCACAAUGAGUGCCAGGACAUGGCCUGUGAGAAUGGUGAGUGUGUGAACACAGAAGGCUCCUUCCACUGCUUCUGCAGCCCCCCGCUCACCCUGGACUUCAGUGGGCAGCGCUGCAUGAACAGCACCAGCGGCAUGGAGGACCUGCCUGACCAUGACAUCCACGUGGACAUCUGCUGGAAAAAAGUCACCAAUGACGUGUGCAGCCAACCCCUGCGCGGGCGCCAGACCACCUACACAGAAUGCUGCUGUCAGGAUGGCGAGGCCUGGAGCCAGCAGUGUGCUCUGUGUCCCCCCAGAAGCUCUGAGGUCUAUGCUCAGCUGUGCAACGUGGCCCGAAUUGAGGCAGAGCGGGAGGCCGGGGUCCACUUCCGGCCAGGCUAUGAGUACGGUCCUGGCCCAGAUGACCUGCACUACAGUCUUUAUGGCCCAGAUGGAGCCCCUUUCUACAACUACCUGGGUCCAGAGGACAGCGUCCUUGAGCCCCCCUUCUCCAACACGGCCAGAAACCCAGGGAGCCCCAGUCUGGUCCUCGAGCCACCCCUGCAGCCCUCCGAGCUCCAGCCCCAAUAUGUGGCUAGCCAUCCAGAUCCCCCAGCUGCCUUCGAAGGGCUUCAGGCAGAGGAGUGCGGCAUCCUGAACGGCUGUGAGAAUGGACGCUGUGUGCGCGUGCGGGAGGGCUACACCUGUGACUGCUUCGAGGGCUUCCAGCUGGAUGCAGCCCACAUGGCCUGCGUGGAUGUGAAUGAAUGCGAUGACUUGAAUGGCCCUGCUGCACUGUGCGCCCAUGGUCACUGCGAGAACACAGAGGGUUCCUACCGCUGCCACUGCUCCCCAGGUUUUGUGGCCAAGCCAGACCCCCCACACUGUGCUGCCAAGGAGUAGCAGUGAGGGUCCGUGUAGGCGGCUACCUGGAAAUGGCCUCCAGCCACAGGCAGAGGCGUUGAUGCGCUCCUAGCUGGGAAGACAUCAUGAUGACACCAGGCUGGGGUCCUGCAUCCCUGCUCCACUGGACUUUCCUGCUUCUGUCUAUCCCAGCUUAGGUUCUGGCUGAGCUUGUCAUUGCCUCCAUGCCCUCACUUGGCUCCAACACCACCAAAUGCUUCAGUGCUUCAGCCACGGGCCACAAGGCCCAGCCCACCACCUGUCCUGGCCUUGCUAUGGGAUGCUAUCAAAGACGGCCCCCUCCCCCACCCCCCAAGUUGUGCAAACAUGAAAGUUCCAGUGGCCUCACACUGUAGGCACCUCUUUCCAGCUAUGAUCCACCUAUCUCAAUGACUCUGCAGCUGGGACAGAAGCUACAUGUGCCCUGGGGUGGUCCUUCAGAAUCUGAGGAGCAAGAAAAGAUUUGGGAGUUUGGGGGAUGACCGCCCAGCCAGUCUGGUCUGGGCCCAGUUUUUGCCACAUCUUCAUCCUGUAGCCAGUUCUGUGGCCCUGGGGGAAGGACAGAAGAUCCUUUUAUCUCUGAAGCAAGACUGAUAUUAGCUUGCUAAGAGACACCAAUAAAGAGGAGCAAAGAGCUGGAGAAAGCAGCAAGAGAGCAAUAUGAAAAUGUGGGGAGCUGAUACUGAAGAGGGGGCCAAGGCUUCUACAAGUCUAAGGAAAUACUCAGUAGUUCUGGGUAUUCAAAAUUCACCCAGCAACAGCCCCUGCGCACUUACAGCAAGGGCUGCCACAAGAAUACUCAUCUCUAAAGAUCUUUAUUAAAUAUACACACUUCUUACAGGAAAUAAAUCUCUACUGGACUCUUUUUGGUGAAAGCCAGUUUGCUCUGCUAACAAUAAAAAGGUCUAUUUUCUAGUGUGAUCUUGUUUGGAGGAAGAUUUCCAAUCUUUUGCUUCUCUGUGCUCAAAGCCUGGGCCCAUCCUCUUCAGAAAAUGGAUGUCUGGGGUCCCUCUGGGCUUUCCAAUCCAGGCUAGCUGGGAGUUCAGAAUCACAGUAAAGAAAUAUACAUCCUGACUCUUCUGUUUCCUGUUUUUAUUUCACAUUAGACCAAUUUUCCUUACCGUGUUGGCUAAGUCUAAAAAUCACAGGUGAGGCCAGCUCUGCCAGUAGUAUACUAUUUGGUUCCAAUGGGAAAAAGUUCUUUACUAUUCAAAGGAGAAUUCUAUUUCUGAUGAAAAGCAAUGUAAACAAGGUGGCAUGUGACCAGAGAUGGAGAUGCUACUUUCUUAAUCUGUCCUGUCCUUCCUGCUGUUCUGAUUGUUGGCCAUUACAUAAUUUAUUGAAGGCUUGUCACAUGCCAGGCGCUGUGUUGAGUGCUGUGCACAAAUUUCACUUAGUCAUUCAAUGAUCCUACUUCUUAGUUUUAUUCCCAGUUUACUGCUGAGGAAAUUGAGGCAUAGAAAGUUUAGAUAAUUUGCUCUAAGUCACUAGAGUAGUAGAGAUGUUUUUGGAAGACAAAAACAUGAUUUUACACAUGUGAAACUAUUCUUUCAUUAAUAAUAACAGAAAUGUAAUUUUUAAAAUGCACAGUGAUACACUUUUUAAAGAUUAGUGAAGAUAAAAACUGUUAAGACUCAAAGUUGCAAGCAAGCAUCUAGGGAAACAGACUCUCAUAAAGCUGAUGGGAGUUUAAAGUGGCACAACCUUUCAAGAGGACAGUAUGACAGUGUUUUCAAAACUGUAACAGUAGGGGGCUGGGGAUUUAGCUCAGCGGCAUAAGCGCCUGCCUUGCAAGCAGGUCGUCGUGAGUUCGAUCCCCGGUACCGAUAAAAAUGAAAAAGACAAAAAAAAAAAAAAAAACUGUAACAGUACUAACUUCAAGCAAUUUAAUUUUUAGAUGUUAACUUCCUCACCAAAUGUGAAAUGACAUGUGUAAAAGGUUAUUUAUUGUAGUAUUUUUGUAAUAGCAGAAGAUUGGUUGCUGUGGAACCAAACAAAAAAAGGUCUAAUGCCUUCCUAGGAAAGAUCCAAAAUGGACUAAGAGAAAAGGGGAGGUUAUUCAGUAGUGUGUAACAUAUGCUGCUAUCUGUCAAAGAGAAGUGGGUAUCUGUUAACUGCGUCCUUGCCCCUCCACCUCACACCCAUCAUUCAUAACAUACCCUGCUGUUCCCACCGCCCGUCCCCAACUAACACUGCCCACUCAAUCCUUCUAGACACACUGCAUGUGUGUGCACAUUUUUUAUUAAGAAUCCAAAUGGUAUAUUAUGCAUGCUGUUCUGUAUUGUUUUCACUUUAUACUUACACAUAAAGAAUUGUCUCAUUCUACUUCAUAACUGUACACCAUUCUAUUGAAUGGAUAAACUGUAAUUAAUCAAUUCAUUGACAUAGAUGUCCAUUUUUUUUUUCUUUUUGCUAAUAAUGCUGUAAUGAAUAUCCUGUGCAUGUUAUUUCAUGUUGUAUUUUGGAUAAAUUCUUUAAAACAAUUGUGGUUGUGAGGUGACAGGGUGGAUAGGAACAACAUUGGGAGACUUUUCACUGUAAGCUCUUUUGUGUCUUGUUAAACUUGUAUUAUUCAAAAAAUAAAAUAUUUUUAAAUACA